AUGUCAAUCUGGGUAGAAGAUACUAUUGGCAGAUACCUUCCAAUUCAGGAGGAUGGCAACUGUCUCUUCAGGGCACUUGCUGUGCGAUUGGGGGGGAAUAUAACGCAUAAGCAGUUGCGUAAAAUUAUCGUCAAAGAGGUGAGGGAUCAUUGGGGUAACUACAUAAAUAAUGUUUUUGAUUAUAAAAAUGCGAACAAGUAUUAUUGGGGAAUGUUACAGCUUGGUAAAUGGGGUUCUGCUGCCGAAUGCUUGGCCUGCGCUAACGUUUUUAAUAGGAGAGUUGUCAUCGUGAGGGACGGUAUUUUACUUGUGGAUCAUGGUUCUCGUGAUGACAUUCAUCCUAUUGUAUUACGUUAUAUUGGUGACAACCAUUACGAUUUACAUGAGCCUGCUGUUGUUUCUUUAUUUAAUGCUGGGGGUGCUGCUGUUGCCCGAUCUCCUGUUGCAGUAGCUCCUGCUGCAGUAGCUUUUGCCAAAUCCACCUCAUGGAAGCGACAUCCACAACCACGCGUAGUGACCUUCAGUCAAAAAUUAAGGAGAGUCGAUUUUGAGAAACGACUCAAAGGGUGA